AUGACACUAGAUAAGUCGAUGAUAUUGCUCGACGGACUUUGCAAUACUUUAAAGAAACUGCGUGGCGAAGGGUUUAAUUCUGAAAUUGAAGAUUCGGUAAAAAUAGCAGAGAGUGUAGGUAUCCAAGCUAGCUUUCCCAAUAAGAGAAACCGUAAAGCAAAGAAAAUGGACUUAGAUGAAUCAGAAGAUGAUGGUUUUCAUAAAACUUUAAAACAAAAAUUUGAUCUGCAAAUAAAUCAAGUUCUAGACACGUUAUUAACGCAAAUAAAAUGGCGUUUCGCGGAAACAAAACAAGUUAUUUACAAUUUUUCCUUUCUUCAUGGGGAUGCUUUGAAAGAAAAAAGCGUUGCAGAUCUAAAAAAAGAUGCAGAAGCAUUAGCACAUAGAUAUGAUCAGGACUUAGACGAGUUUGUUAUUCAAUGUGGAAUCGAAAGCUUUAAACAUCAAGCGCCGAAGCUCACUUCCGACUUCUUUUCUUGUUCACCUUUAGAUGUGUUGCAACUGCUUUUUGAUUUCAAUUUAACUGAAUCAUAUCCGAAUCUGUGCAUUGCACUGCGCUUAUUUUUAACGUUGCCAGUUACGGUUGCUUCUGAUGAAAGAAGUUUUAGUAAACUUAAGUUAAUCAAAACCUAUUUAAGAUCAACCAUGGGACAAAUACGAUUAACAAGUUUGGCUAAGUUGUCAAUUGAAAUCGAAAUCACAAAAUUCCUUAAAUAUGAUGAUCUGAGAGAUGAAUUUGCAAGCGUGGACGCAAGGAGAUAG